AUGAUCGGCCUCGUAACUGAUUGGAUCUCUUCGAAGGGAACAGGAAUAUGGCUGUUUGGCCUUAAUCUACACUAUUUCCAGAUCGUCCGGAUCGAUGCCCCGCCGAUGCUCCGGUACACCCGCAGUUCCUCCGAACCUCCGCUUCACGGGUCGGUUUACCAGGUCGCUUCUUUAUUGGCGCUGCUGUUUGGGGCGAACAUCAUGGCCUUUUGGGUUUUCACGGCCGGGAGCGAGGAGGCCGUCAAGAACCUGCAGAUGCUGCCUGUACUACUGUUCCUUGCGGUCGUGGGUGUGUUCUUGUGGCCAUUUGGAGGCUGGCACCACCGAGGUCGCUGGAGGUUUUUAAGGCGAGUCACCUUUGGCAAUGUUGCGCCGGAGACGUUCUCCGUGUUGGGUGGCCUACGGGCAGUAAUUCAAGCCACGGGUAACUGAUCGGGUUAAAUAGGAUGCUUCGUCGGGUUCUUGUCGGUGGGCUCCACCCAGACUUUCGGUUUGCCGACGUCCUUCUCGCCGAUGUCUUGACCUCGUAUGCAAAGGUUCUCGGAGAUUUUGCCGUGUGUGUCUGCAUGUUCUUCAGUGGAUACUCUUCGACAAAUCCCAUCCCAAACCGCUCCGCUGGCGGGAAAUACCUUAUGCCUCUUGCCAUGAGCAUACCCUACCUGAUACGGUUGCGGCAGUGUUUGAUCGAGUAUGUUCGGGCCCGCCGGAAGGGCUUCCCGUCCACGGAGCGACGAAUCCAUCUCUACAAUUCUGCCAAGUACGCCUCGGCGUUCCCGGUUAUCCUGUGCAGUGCGUUGCAGCGUGGAUAUAACCCCGAUGAACCGCAUAUAUUCUCACGGUCAACUCUCUCGAGGCUGUGGUUACUUGCUGUGAUUAUCAACUCGCUAUUCUCGUUCUACUGGGAUAUCGCGAGGGAUUGGGAGUUGACCCUAUUCUCCUCUCGCCGUUCCUCGGGCGAACAUCCGUACGGGUUGAGAUCGAACCGGCACUUCGUGAAUAAGGAGCUCUACUACGGUGCCAUCAUCAUUGAUUUCCUGCUCAGGGGAACCUGGAGUGUCAAGCUCAGUCCUCAUUUGGAUCAAAUCAACGAAAUGGAAGGAGGGAUAUUCCUCCUGGAACUCCUGGAGAUCUUUAGAAGAUGGGUGUGGACCUUUUUCAGGGUCGAGAGGGAGUGGAUCGUCACUCGAGGCAGCGGGGCAUUAGGGUUACUAGAUGGUGGCGAUGGCGUAUUGAUGACUGAUUUUGGCAAACUUGACGAGGAUUAG